AUGGAAGAAAGCAUGCAUAUCCAGCAGCUUCAAUUCCGCAGGACGACACUGCUUGCAUCCUUGUCGCGGGCAGAACAGUUCAUCCACGAUUUCAGCGAGGAACGGGACAUGCUCGAGGUUAAAAUACGACUGGAAAACCUUGAUGCAGUAUGGGAAGGCCUAGAAGCGGUUCAAACGGAGUUAGAAGCCAUCGAAAACGACAACGAGAGCCGGGUGAGAAAUCUUGGAAUACGGGCUUCCUUUGAGCCAAUAUUGUUUAAAAUUAAAGGGUUUCUGCUUUCUAAAAUUCCUGAUCCAAUCAAUUUGAAUUGCAAUCCUCCUCAAGCCCCCCCAUAUGCCUCUACCAACAGUUUGAAAAGCCUCAAUCUGCCGACCAUUUCGUUACCUACCUUCGCCGGGGACUAUCAGGAUUGGCUCGGUUUUCACGACACAUUUGUAGCUAUGAUCCACGACAACCAUGACGUUCCGGACAUCCAAAAAUUUCAUUAUUUGAAAGCUGCGGUGAAGGGCGAGGCUAGUCAGGUUAUUGAAUCCUUCGGACUGAGUGCUAUCAAUUAUCGAUUAGCUUGGGAAGCGUUGGUUAAACGAUACGCGAAUGAGUACUUGCUUAGGAAACGAAACAUCCAAGCUUUGUUUGAAAGUCCAAAGAUGUUCAAUGAAUCAGCUUCGGAAUUACGCGGAGUAGUAGACGAAUUUGAACGACAUGUUAAGGUCCUUGGUCAACUCAGAGAGCCUGUUGGUUCAUGGAGCUCUUUGUUAGAACACCUCCUUUGUUCACGGUUACACGCUGACACUCUAACAGCUUGGGAGGACCACGCUUCUACUUUGAAUGAGCCGACUUACGCAAACUUGAUUGACUUCCUGCAACGUAGAACGAGGGUUCUUGAAUCCGUAGACGUUAAUCGACAUCAAACGCACAGCAUCUUAGAAACUCCCUACUUUGAAUCCAAUUUGUCGGUAAACAUGACGUCCAAUGCUGCAACUGAUUUCUACCAAUUUAAAUGCUACGCGUGUGAACAGCACCACACACUAGUUAAAUGUCCACGUUUUGGAAUGAUGAAUCCAUCAGAGAGGUUGAACGUUGUCAAUUCCAAGCGUUUAUGUCUGAAUUGUUUCAGAUCUGGUCAUCUUUCCAGAAGCUGUUCUUCCAAAUACAACUGCAGGAUAUGUAGGCGACGCCACCACACCCUUCUGCAUGCCUCUUUCCCUGAACAUUCACACCCGAACAACCAUUUCACGCAUUCACAAGUUUCUAAUGUUGCUUCGAUCGCUUCCGAUUGCUCGGGAGGACAAACCAGCGAUACAAAUACAUUUAAACAGCUAACCUUUUCCCAAUGUUCCGUACCCGCCGACACAGCAGAUAAAACUAUUUUCAUGCUAACUGCAAUCGUCAUAAUCAUCGAUCGCUAUGGCAAGUCUCAUUAUGCCCGAGCCUUACUAGACUCCGCUUCGCAACCAAACAUCAUCUCCGAACGCUUGGUACAAAUUCUGCGACUCAAAAGAAAGAGGAACAACAUGGCGAUUCAUGGCAUUGGCGAGCUACCUCAAAACACCAACGGUUCAGUAUGCACCCAAAUAAGAUCGAGGAAAACAAAGGUUGAUCUCAAUGUGGAAUUUCUGAUUCUAGAAAAGUUAACUUCCGUCCUUCCAUCCCACAAUGUAAAUGUAAACAACUGGAACCUUCCGAAAGAUAUCUUUCUUGCAGACCCCCACUUUAACGUAAGCGCUGAAAUUGAUUUGAUUAUCGGUUGCGAGCACUUUUUCGCAUGCUUUGAGACGGCAGAAAGAAUUUACCUCGAACCUAAUCUCCCUACUCUUGUCGACAGCAUAUUCGGUUGGUUGGUCUGCGGUGCUGCCGCUGAAAAGUUUCCUAAAUUGUCUGAUACUAGCGCACCUAAGUCUAUUACCGCUGUUUCUUUGCAUACUUUAGAAGAGAGCAUGGAGAGGUUCUGGAAAAUAGAAGAAGUUACAAAUCAAUCACCACUUUCCAAAGAAGAGCAGCAGUGUGAGCGUAUGUACACUGAAACCUUCACCAGAAAUUCCGAUGGUCGCUAUGUAGUAAGACUUCCUCGGCAUGAGAAUUUUAAUGAAUCAUUAGGAGAUUCUGAAGGGAUGGCGCGUCGUCGGUUCAUUAUGUUGGAGAAAAAGCUGCAACGUGAUCCCCAGCUCAAUGCGGAAUACCAUGACUUCAUGAGGGAGUAUCUCGAACUUGGUCAUAUGCGCUUAGUAUCAGUAACAGAAAAAAGCAAUUCGUAUGCUUGUUAUUUGCCCCAUCAUCCUGUUUUAAAGGAAUCUAGUUCCACUACCAAGUUGCGCGUUGUUUUCGACGCAUCAGCAAAAACAUCGACUGGGAAUUCAUUGAAUGAGGCCUUAUUAGUGGGCCCGGUUGUGCAGGAUGACUUGCUUUCCAUAGUCAUGCGAUUCCGUACGUAUCCAGUCGCUGUAGUUGCGGACAUUGAAAAAAUGUACCGCCAGAUUUGGUUACACUCAGCCGACACUCCAUGCCAACGAAUUCUUUGGAGGUUUGACAGUGAUGGUCCGUUGCACACGUACGAGCUCCAAACUGUAACAUACGGACUUGGGCCUUCCUCCUUCUUAGCUACCAGGACUCUGCAACAGGUCAUACAAGAUGAAAGUGAGCGUUUUCCUGUUGCCGCAGCUAAUGGCAAAAUAAACUUCUACAUGGACGACUUCAUUGGGGGCGCCGAAACAGUGUCGGAAGCAAUUAAAUUGCGUGAAGAGCUAAGCGAAAUGUUGCAAAAAGGAGGUUUCUGCUUGAGAAAAUUUGCUUCCAACCGGUUCGAAGUUCUAAAGGAUUUAACACAAGAUAAAGUUGCCAUGCGAUCAUUCUUAGAUUUUGAUAAAGAAGAAGCGAUAAAAACAUUGGGAAUCUACUGGGAACCAGAAAAGGAUUUAUUCGGUUGCAAUGUAAGCAUACGCGAUUCGAAAGGAUCCACUACCAAACGUCAAAUAUUAUCAAGUAUUUCUCAGCUAUACGACCCGCUUGGUUUGAUUUCGCCGAUCGUGAUUCGUGGUAAGAUGUUGAUGCAACGUUUGUGGCUACAGUCUUGCGGAUGGGAUGAGCCGAUAAAUGGAACCGUAGCAGAACUUUGGAGUGGCUUUAUCCGUGAAUUACCAGGGCUCCGAGAGUUUCGUGUCAGCAGAUAUGCAUUUCUUCCGGAAUCAACAGUUCAAAUCCAUGUAUUUUCCGACGCGUCUGAAAGCGCGUAUGGCGCCUGCGCAUACGCGCGAUCUUUGAAUAAAAGAGGAGAAAUAAAGGUACAGCUAUUAGCUUCAAAAUCUCGGGUAGCGCCUCUUAAAAAGGUAACUUUACCUAGACUAGAACUAUGUGCAGCGAACAUAGCCGCUGAGUUACAUUUGAAGGUUAUUCAAGCUCUACGCAUAUCAGUUGCAGCUUCCUUCUUCUGGUCUGACUCAACUGUGACCCUUCAAUGGAUCAAAGCACCGCCUCAUUGUUGGAAAACUUUUAUAGCCAACCGUGUUUCUAAUAUCCAAACUUUGACUAAGGGAGCUCAAUGGAAUCACGUCUCAGGAUUGCAAAAUCCUGCCGAUCAUGUCUCGCGGGGUUUGGAUGUUGAAUCUUUCCUGAAAUGUCAAUCUUGGAAGUUUGGACCGGAAUGGCUCUCUAACCCAGAAGAAAUGUGGCCAAAGAUGGAUCUUGCAGAUUAUCCUAUGGAUGGAAAAGAACGACGUAAGACAGUGGUAGCUGUUGUCAAAGUUCAAGCAUCUUACAAUCCCAUGUUCGAGAGGUAUGGAUCCUACAUUCGGCUUCUUCGAGUAACCGCAUUGAUGAUGAGGUUUGCAAACAAUUGCCGCCGCAAAUAUCAAGCAGUUCACACAAUUACAAUAGAGCUUCUUCCAACCACCGAUGACGUGAACCAAGCCGAGACCCGUCUGGUAAAGUUAGCCCAAAGAGACGCCUUUCAAUUGGAACUUGCAGCGUUGAAAAAGAGCCUUCCAGUAUCAACACGUUCACCGAUAAGAUUGUUAAGCCCAUACCUGGAUAACGAAAUGAUAAUUAGAGUGGGGGGGAGAUUGCAAUUAUCUGAUCAGCCUUACCUUAGCAAACAUCCAGCCCUUUUACCAGCUUCCCAUCCUUUCACCCGGCUACUCAUCAUCCAUUUCCAUAUCAAACUUAUUCAUGGUGGCGGCAGACUAACCCUAGCUGCCAUUCGUGAAAGAUUUUGGCCCAUAAAUGGAAGAAGAACGGUAAGAAGCAUCAUCCGAAUGUGUUACCGUUGCACCCGAGCUAGUCCCGUUCCUGAGAAGCAGCAGAUGGGACAACUACCAGCCAGCCGUAUUACACCGAGUCGACCGUUCUCCACAGUGGGGGUGGAUUAUGCAGGGCCAGUUUAUCUAAAAGCAAUACACAAGCGGGCAGAAGCAACGAAAGCGUACAUAAGCGUUUUUAUUUGCUUCGUGACAAAGGCUGUGCACCUGGAGUUGGUAGGCGACCUUUCUACGCCGUCGUUUCUAUGCGCUCUCCGUCGUUUCAUCGGUCGCCGCGGCUUUCCCUCCGACAUCUAUUCCGAUAACGGGAAAAAUUUUGUAGGAGGAAACAACGAACUGCAGGCGCUUCAUCACUUCAUGAAAGAAAACCAAAAGGAUAUUCACACUUGCUGUGUCAACAAAGGCAUCAAUUGGCAUUGGAGUCCACCAAAAGGGCCACACUUUGGGGGGCUGUGGGAGGCAGCGGUAAAAGUAGCGAAGCGGCAUAUGUAUCGGCAACUUGGUAACAUAAAACUAUCAUUCGAGGACAUGUGUACACUUUUGGUUGAGAUUGAAGCAGCGAUGAAUUCUCGACCUAUAGUUUCAGUUUCCGAGGAUCCGAACGAUGUAGCAUGCCUCACUCCCGCACACUUUCUGAUUGGCACCAAUAUGCAAACUAUUGCCGAACCAGAUUACACUGCACUUCCGUCCUGUAAACUAGAUCACUACCAAGCAAUGCAGAGGACCUUCCAGCAAUUUUGGUCCCAUUGGCGCUCCGAAUAUUUGCAGGAAUUGCAGAAAUGUACAGUCCUUAACAAGCCAAACAAAAACAUUCGACCCGGGCGAUUGGUGUUGAUAGUCGACGAGUUUCAGCAUCCGGUUAAGUGGCCGCUCGCGAGAAUCCUCAGCAUUCAUCCGGGAGCAGAUUCUCUAACCAGAGUGGUGACGUUGAAGACAUCGAAGGGAACAACCAGCCGUCCAAUUACUAAAAUUUGUUUACUUCCACUGGAGGAUGGCGAUGAAGCUGAAUCAGCAGAAUCAAGUGAAAACAGUGAAAUGAAAAACAAACAGUGCACUCACUCAGAAACGAAACAACCCAAAAUUAAGAACGGCAAGCUUGGUGGCGGAAACAAUUCAACGAAGAUUGACCCGAACGGAAACCAUUCAGCUGGAUCCAAUCCAUUCUGGCAGAUGCCAUCCCUGGCUGGCUGGCUGGCUGGUGAUUGUCGCUGA